CUAGUAUAGAAGUUUAAAAUGUUUACCGUUAAGGUAACAUUGCUGUUACUUUUACUUGUCCAACUUAGUUACUCUCUGCCAUUGAAUAGUAACAAAUUACCCUCGGAUACGUUUGGGGGGUUCGGGCAACAUAAUGACAACGCUAGAAACCGCCCUGCUCAGUUUUCACCGCAGGGAAGCAUCAAUGGUCUUAGACCUGGAAAUAUAGAAGACACUUAUAAAGAUGAAACUCGAGGUCAAUUCCCGCAGUUUUUUCAACAUGAAGGCGCGAAAGAUGACCUGGAUAUAGGAAGAUCAAACGAAGAUGAAGAGGACUUGGAUGGAGGGAACCCACGUGAGGAUGUGGAUGAUGAUAAUGCUGAGGAUGAUGAGCCAUAUGAAGAUGAGGAAGAAACCAAUGAAGGAGAGGAAGAUGACGAAGAAGCGAGGGACGAUUUGUUGGAAGAUGAUUCUGAUAGAUCUCCAAUAGUUGAUGCAGAUGCUGGUGAGCAGGAAGAUACAGAUUCGGAAGAAGAGGCAGAGGAUGAUGACCCGUAUUCGGACUCAGAUGAAAGUAGAGAUCCAGAUUCAGAAGAGCGCGAAGAUGAAGAUGGGCAGGAUAAUAUAGAGCCAGAUUCGCACGAUCGAACGGAUCAGGAUCCGGAAGAAAACACGGAUCAACAUGGUCAAGAUCCAGUAGAAGAUCAAAACAAUGUUGGUGUUCAGAACGCGGGUGUUUUCAACAACAAGUUAAACAUUCCGCCAGACCUUUCUAUGUACAAGGUUAAAAAAGGCGAAGAUUCUGUUGGAGAAUUAAAUACCCCGGGUAAAGUGCCUUUAAAUCGAGCCGGUUUGUUGAAAGAUUCAGAAAACGCUCAUUCGAGAAAACUACCUGAUAUGAACAACUCGCCGCAAAAUGGUUUCGACGCUCCCGAGUUUCAACAGCAAGACCAACGUGUUGCUACGCCUGAUGCUAACGAUGAUGUAACGAUAAAUAACGAUCACGAUGAGGAUGCUGAUAGUGUAGAGGAAAAAAGCGUGGAUACGGAUGUGAAUGUAGACGACGCGGAUACUAAAAAUGAUGACGUCACGGAAAACAAUGAUGAAACUGAUGAUGUCACCGAAAACAAUGACGAAACUAAUGAUGUCACGGAAAAUAAUGACGAAACUGAUGAUGUCACGGAAAAUAAUGACGAAACUGAUAAUGUCACUGAAAACAAUGACGGAACCGAUGAUGUCACGGAAAAUAGUGACGAAACUGAGGAUGUCACGGAAAACAAUGACGAAACUGAUGAUGUUACGGAAAAUAAUGACGAAACUGAUGAUGUCACGGAAAGCAAUGACGAAACUGGUGAUGUCACGGAAAACAAUGACGAAACUGAUGUUGUCACGGAAAACAAUGACGAAACUAAUGAUGUCACGGAAAACAAUGGCGGAACCGAUGACGCCAUGGAAAAUAAUGACGAAACUGAUGUUGUCACGGAAAACAAUGACGGAACUGAUGAUGUCACUGAAAACAAUGACGGAACUGAUGACGCCAUGGAAAAUAAUGACGAAACUGAUGUUGUCACGGAAAACAAUGACGAAACUGAUGAUGUCACGGAAAAUAAUGACGAAACUGAUGAUGUCACGGUAAACAAUGACGAAACUGAUGAAGUCACGGAAAACAAUGACAAAACUGAUGAUGUCACGGAAAACAAUGACGAAACUGAUGAAGUCACGGAAAGCAAUGACGAAACUGAUGAUGUCACGGAAAAUAAUGACGAAACUGAUAAUGUCACGGAAAACAAUGACGAA